AUGGGUGGACAUCGACGCGACCAAAGUGAUUCUCAUGUACCUCUUAAGCAGUCUGCUGAAUUUCAACAAUGUGUUUCAAGUAAUAGCCAAGAUCAGAUUCGGUAUCUCACAGAAACAUCAUUGAAUAUUGUGGAGCCAGUGCCUAAUGGAACAAUCAAUUCCCUAUCCUCAACCGACUUGCCAAUUCAUCGCAAUGAUUCCAUUUUCCAUCGACAACGAAGAACAUGGCAAAAGGAAGCACUGAAAACGUUUGCUGCAUUUGUUUGUUUGUUGAUAUCAGCAUUCCUCAAUUUUUUCCUGCUCACUGUGAUUCACGAUAUAGUACCGAGGGAACCCUUGCCAGACCUCGUUUUUAUGCUGAUACCACAGCAGAGGUGGGCUUGGGUUGUCGGAGACAUAUUUUCUACUUUAAAUGCUGUACUUGGUUUCACAUGUGUCCUGCUGCAUAAAAAACGGUUAAUAGUGUUUCGUCGUGUGCUGUUACUUGGAGGGAUCAUGUAUGGGUUACGAGCAGUAGUUCUUGGAUUAACAUUUUUACCACCAUCAUUUCAAAACCGCGAUGAAAUAUGCUUACCGCAGGUUAAUAGAACUGCUAUGUAUGCUACAGAAAUAACGACAAGGUUCGUAACAUAUGUUGUAACGUUAGGUUUAACUUCGGGUCAGGAUAAAAUUCUCUGUGGUGAUCUCAUGUUCAGCGGUCACACCGUUGUGUUAACGAUUAUGUAUUUUACCUUACUUCAGUAUACGCCAAGGAGAUUGGUCUAUUUGCGGUACAUCGCAGCACCGUUAACAUAUAUUGGAAUAGCAGCACUUGUCAUUUCGGGUGGUCAUUAUACAAUGGAUGUACUUAUAGCUUAUUGGCUAACCAGUCAUAUCUUUUAUGCUUACCAUCAAGUUUUUGCAAUGCCAAGGGUUGAAAGGACCAAGGCGCCUCUUUCUCAUUUAUGGUGGUUUUGGUUAUGCUAUUGGUUCGAAAGUGAUGUACCUGAUGGUGUAUUACGAAACGAAUGGGAAUGGCCAUUACCGGGCCCAGUCUGCGUGCAUCAUUUUGUCCAGCGAAUAAGCGAUAAACUACAAUAG